AUGGCUGAGGGACAUUGCAACUGCGGAAGCAUUAAGGUAUCUAUCCCUGCUCUACCCGAGAAGUCGACCAUCUGCUACUGUUCCAACUGCCGGCGCGCAGGAUCAAGCAUUGGAUCUAUUGUGUACAUUCUCGACAAACCUGACGUCACGAUCAAUGAUCCGAGUGGCAAGCUCAAGAGCUACCAUGACAACGGCACGAAGAGCGGAAGUGCGAUUACUCGUCAGUUUUGCAGCAACUGCGGAUGUCCGGUUGCGUCUUUACUAGGUGAUGACUCGCCAAAGAUUGUAUUGAAGGGUGGAUUGUUCGAGAAGAUUCCUGUUCCGGGAUACAAGUCUUUUGAGCAGGACGAGCCGAGCUGGAUGAAAAUCUCUUAA